UACAGGCAGACAAAUGUUGGCAUACAUAAAAGAUGAUUGAAAAUAAGCAAUCAAAAACUUCUUUAUGCCACAUCAAAGAUGUCGAUGUUAUUUCUCCUUGCAGGACAGCGUUGCCACUACAGUAAUGGUGAAUGACAAAGAGGUGAAUGUGCGGACUAUUACGGUGGAGGACCGUACUGGGAAGGUGAAAGUCAGCCUGUGGCGCAACAUUGCAGCAGAGCCUGUGGUGUUGGGGGAUGUUGUUGCCAUCACCAAUAUUGUUGUCAACAGCAAGAGAUAUAACAAUGAGGAAUCCCUGUCGUCAACACAAUUUACAAAGAUAGAGGUUACUGACAUGCCAAACACCGAGAUGACGGCCACCAUUCUAGGACUUGACCUGGGUGAUGUGGAAUCCCAGUUACUCACAGAACAGGAUGGAAUCUUCAAUGUAUCAAACGAAGUGCUAGUUGCAGCCUUUCAGUGUCAGUUGGAAGACAUUACAGCCAAACUACCAAAAACACUGAAUUUCAUAGCCAAAGGACAGUCUGUGGUCACCUUUAAUGAGUGAAAAAUCAUGUUCAAAGUUUAUAGUUUAGAGAUGUUUACUUUUCAUACACUGGAGCAUGACAGUCUGUGGUCACCUUUAAUGAGUGAAAAAUCAUGUUCAAAGUUUAUAGUUUAGAGAUGUUUACUUUUCAUACACUGGAGCAUGACA